UCGGCAUCGCCUAGAGCACGGUCUUAAAGGAGCUGCCUCACGCUUACAAGCACACGAAGGCUUCGACCAGUUACGUGGGCAGUCGUUGCCACCAUAUCCUCUCUUUAUCAUCGUUUGGCUCCGUGCGGUCAGGCUUCUGUGCUACACAACGCCUCCUUAGACGCUCGGGUGCUUGUUUGCUACCCCUUUUGAGACAGAAAAAGUACAAUUGGCCCUUCGAGCCGAAACAGAAGUUCGGCCAAGAUAGAAGAGAAGUGAUGGAGCACUUCAACACAACGAUCAAGGAUGGAAAGCUCGUCAAGAUUCGGCGGGGAAUGCAAAUCUCUCGUCAAAAGUUCAACGGCUUAUCCUUCGUCAAUGCAUCUCCUCAAGUUGAAGAUGCCUCUCGGCCAGUCCGUUCAGGGGCAACAGGAGCUCCCGCUCAGGCCCAACCCGAAAUCAGAUUCGUGGGAGAGGGCAGCGAAUCUGGGAAGGAAGCGCUUGAAUCUCAGAAGAAGGAAGCCGAGCAAGACUCUCUGGGCACUGCUCAGGGCACGAGACUGCGGCGGACGGCCACGCGGAGGGGUAGAUCGCCAGCAACGUCGGGGACAGAAACACCAUCAGCCCACUCGUCUCCGAAUCCAUCUGCUUUGCGGUUCGAAAUGGGAAACUCCCAACUCAGACACUCGACCGGGAACAGGGAGGUGCUGCAGAUCCCCCUCAACCUGCAUUUUCCAGCCACAGCAGCAUUGGGUGCGGCGCCAGAGCCCGAUUCUCCUCUGUCUGACGAGGAUUGGGCGCUGUUCAAGCGCCACCUGGAGCAGACGCCGCGCAGCCUGUACCCGUACGAAGACAUCCUGACGUAUAAUCCUGCCAGGGGCGUCGACUUCUACUCCAUGGUCACGGGGGAUAUGGCUGCGAAGCACUGCGUGUUAAUGUGCGGGCGCAUCGCUGAAGCAGUCAAGACUCAGACGGAGCCAGAUAAUCUCUCCUACCACAUCUCCAAGAUAUGCUCCAUUAUCAAUCGGAAACUGAACCAAGAAUACGCCGCUGAUUCGGUUACACUGCACUGCAUCGCGACAUUGGCUUGGAUAGGGUGUUACGUUGGUCGUCUCGACCACUGGCAUCUGCAUAUGUGUGGGUUACGGAAAAUGCUUGACGUCCAAGGGGCUCAGCAUGGGCUGCCACAGUGGCUGCUGGCUGAGAUGUACAAAGCGGACCUCAGAGGCGCAACAGCCCUUGCUUCAACCCCCUUUCUCCCCUUCACUCGCCAAUACGAUCGCGUCUCUGCCACGCUGCCGCCCAGCGUUUGCAACCGAAUCCUGAACUCGCUGACUAUGCUUCUCUACCCGCUUCACUUUGACCCAAACGUCAUCGCCUCCCUCGUCUCCCUGUCAACAUUCGUCUCGGCCAUCCGCUCAGCCCGCGAAUUCCCCGGCACCAAGGACUUCGACCCACACGCCUUCACAGAAGAAUGGCAGGCCCUCACACUCGCCCUGCUAACCCGGCCGCAACCCCUUCGUGCCGCCCAGUGUCCCUCACAAUGCCUCUCAAACGACGCCAAUCCCUACUCGACUGGAUCCGCGGGCCCGGCAUCUCCCGGGGCCUCGCUAGCGCAGAAUUACAUGUCCAACCACCGGCUGCUCCCCACCGCCCACAUCGUCCCAGCAACCCCCCAUAGCCCAGCCGGACAUCUGGAGCCCGCCCUACGAAUCGCAGCCCUGCUGUACCUCAAAGAGCUCCUACCUGACUGGCCGCGGAAUUUAGGAGGGUACGCCGUGUUCUUGAGCCUGCUGCGGCACCACAUAAGCGAAAUCAUCCGCCGCUAUGGCGGCACCAGUGGCAGCAGCAGCGCGAGAAACACGACCACCGAACUCCCCAGAACAACAUACACAACGCCCGGGCCAGUAAUAAUCGACCAAUCACUGAUCGACCCCCUCCUCACCAACACCAUCGCUAAUAACAACAACAACAACAACCGACCAACUGCUGCACCGAUAACAACGACAACGACAACGACUGCCCAGAACAAGCCCCCACCAAAAGCGCCCCGAACUAGCCUCCUCCUCGCCAAACCAGUCCUGAUUUUCCUCUGCUUGGUAGGCGACACCGUCUCGCAGAUAGCCAACUCCAACGAGCGCCGCCUCAGCGACGACGACUGCUACCCUUGCGGGGUGUACCGCGACUGUUUGAGGGAGAUUGUGGGGUUGGUCGACGACGAGGAUAUUGAUGCGUUGGGGGAGGAUGACCUCGCCUUUGUCGGGCUAUUUGAUCUGGAUAGGGUGUUUGAGAAGAGGAGGGAGGAUGGGCAGAUGGCGGGGUGGGAUGAGCGAGCGGCGUUGAGGGGGAUUGUGUUGGGACAGUGAUGGAUGAUUGUAUGUUGAAGUGUAUUUGUGCGGAACGUGUAGUAGGUAUGCGAAGAGGGGAAAGGGGGCUUACCUUUACAGGGACGAGUUGGUCCAGGCAACGCUAAUGUAUCAACGCCCCUAUCAACGCCCGGAUAGAGAACACCGAAUAGAAGCUUCUCAUGGCCCUCCAGCAAGUGUUCAAUAUUAUGUAUUCCUCAAGA